GAUGUUUGUAAAUAUGGCAAAAGUGGAUUUCUGCAAAAACGCAAUGAGAGUAAUUUUACCAUUACUUUAUUUGGUAACAUUUUGCAUAAUAGCAAAUGCACAGUGUCCAACACCAAUAACAUCGGCUCCAUCCGUAACGCCAGUCGAAUACCAGAAAUGCUUUAGUGGAUGCGAACAAAGCUGUGAUGAGUUGAGAAGUGGAAAAAACUGUUCCACACUAGUAAAAAAAAAAUCAUCUUGUAGGCAAGGAUAUUUUUGUGCUCCUGGAUUUGUUCGACGUGAGAAGUCUUAUAAUGAACAUAAUGACAGUGAAUGUGUAUCAGUGGAUGAAUGUUACCUUAUAAACUGCAGUGUUAGAUACAGGCCAUGUAAUACUCAGUGUGAGCGAAACUGCAAUAAUGUAAUAUAUCGAACUUCAUGCAAGAACGUUCAAUACAAACGCUGCCCUUCAGGCUACUUCUGUGCUCCGGGAUUUGUGCGCCGUACGGGUGCUGAUAGUGAAUGCAUACGUGAGAAAGAAUGUUACGCCCAGAGAGGUUGAUUAUUAACACUUUUAUGCACAUAUAUUGGAAUAUAUUAUCAUUAAAAAUGAAUGUUUUAUGCUAUAAAUGUGACAA